UCCUAAGCAGGCUCCAUACUCUCAGAAUGGAGCCCAAUGUGGUGCUGGAACCCAUGUACAAUGAGAUCAUGACUUGAGCCAAAAAAUCAAGAGUUGGACACUCAAGGACCAAGACGGAUGGCCAGGAGACUCGCAGCCUUCCUUAAGGAUGCCUGGGUCAAGGUGCUGGUCGCAUUCUUCACCACUGGGGGCCUCGGUAUAAUUCUGCCCACCGUUAGCCCCUUCACCAAAUAUGCCACCAUGAUCAACCAGGCCACGCCCAACAACUAUCCAGUGCCGCUCCAAGAUGAUGGGAACAUGCCCGAUGUGCCCAGCCAGUCCCAGGACCCCAAGGUUCCAAGCUUGGAGUGGCUAAAGAAACUAUGAGCACCUCUGGUAACUUGGAGGAGGCCUC